ACAGCAGGGAGGGGGCGAGGGCCGGGCGGGCUGCGGACGGCGGGAGGGACGGCCGGGAAGCGCGGGCACCGAGCAGGACCGCGGGACGGCCGGCCGGCCGGCCGGAGCCCGCGGGGGCGGCGCGGCGGGGGCCCGGGGGAGGCGCGGACCCCGGGCGGCAGAUGGUGCUGUUGGUGAUGUGAAGGAGUUGGAGGGCGUGCGGCUCAGUGGGAUACAGGAGAAGGGUUGCCAGAGAACUUGCCUGAAGCAGCAUGUCGUGGUUUAGUGGCCUCCUGGUCCCCAAAGUGGAUGAACGGAAAACAGCCUGGGGUGAACGCAAUGGGCAGAAGCGACAACGCCGCGGCACACGGACCAGUGGUUUCUGUGCACCCCGCUACAUGAGCUGCCUCCAGGAUGCACAGCCACCCAGCCCCACCCCUGCAGCUCCCGCUCGGUGCCGCUGGCAGGAUGAGGCCUUCAUCCGGAGGGGUGGCCCAGGCAAGGGCAAGGAGCUGGGGCUGCGGGCCGUGGCCCUGGCCUUUGAGGACACUGAGGCAGCAGCAGUGGCCAGGGCGGCUGAGGUGGCGCCUGAUGUGGCCCCCAGGAGCAGACAAUCCUGCUGGCGCCGUCUGGUGCAGGUGUUCCAGUCAAAGCAGUUCCGCUCAGCCAAGCUGGAGCGCCUGUACCAGCGGUACUUCUUUCAGAUGAACCAGAGCAGCCUGACGCUGCUGAUGGCGGUGCUCGUGCUGCUCACAGCUGUGCUGCUGGCCUUCCAUGCCGCGCCUGCCCCCCCUCAGCCUGCCUACGUGGCCCUGCUGGCCUGUGCAGCUGCCCUCUUUGUGGCACUUAUGGUGGUGUGUAACCGACACAGCUUCCGCCAGGACUCCAUGUGGGUGGUAAGCUACGUGGUGCUAGGCAUCCUGGCAGCCGUGCAGGUCGGCGGUGCCCUGGCAGCCAACCCCCACAGCCCCUCUGUAGGCCUCUGGUGCCCUGUGUUCUUUGUCUACAUCACCUACACGCUCCUACCCAUCCGCAUGCGGGCAGCUGUCUUCAGCGGCCUGGGCCUCUCCACCCUGCAUUUGAUCUUGGCCUGGCAACUCAACCGUGGUGACGCCUUCCUCUGGAAGCAGCUCGGUGCCAACAUGAUGCUGUUCCUCUGCACCAACGUCAUCGGCAUCUGCACACACUACCCAGCUGAGGUGUCUCAGCGCCAGGCCUUUCAGGAGACCCGCGGUUAUAUCCAGGCCCGGUUGCACCUGCAGCAUGAGAAUCGGCAGCAGGAGCGGCUGCUGCUGUCGGUGUUGCCCCAGCACGUUGCCAUGGAAAUGAAAGAAGACAUCAACACAAAGAAAGAAGACAUGAUGUUCCACAAGAUCUACAUCCAGAAGCAUGACAAUGUCAGCAUCCUGUUUGCGGACAUUGAAGGCUUCACCAGCCUGGCGUCCCAGUGUACUGCACAGGAGCUGGUCAUGACCCUGAAUGAGCUCUUUGCCCGCUUUGACAAGCUGGCUGCGGAAAAUCAUUGCCUGAGGAUCAAGAUCUUAGGGGACUGUUAUUACUGUGUGUCAGGGCUGCCAGAGGCCCGGGCAGACCACGCCCACUGCUGUGUGGAGAUGGGGGUGGACAUGAUUGAGGCCAUCUCGCUGGUACGUGAGGUGACAGGUGUGAAUGUGAACAUGCGCGUGGGCAUCCACAGUGGGCGCGUGCACUGCGGUGUCCUUGGCCUGCGGAAAUGGCAGUUCGAUGUGUGGUCCAAUGAUGUAACUUUGGCCAACCACAUGGAAGCUGGGGGCCGGGCUGGCCGGAUCCACAUCACUCGAGCCACACUGCAGUACCUGAAUGGGGACUAUGAGGUGGAGCCGGGCCGUGGUGGUGAGCGCAAUGCGUACCUCAAGGAGCAGCACAUCGAGACCUUCCUCAUCCUGGGAGCCAGCCAGAAACGGAAGGAGGAGAAGGCCAUGCUGGCCAAGCUGCAGCGAACGCGGGCCAACUCCGUGGAAGGGCUGAUGCCACGCUGGGUGCCUGACCGUGCCUUCUCCCGGGCCAAGGACUCCAAAGCUUUCCGCCAGAUGGGCAUUGAUGAUUCCAGCAAAGACAACCGGGGUGCUCAAGAUGCCCUGAACCCUGAGGAUGAGGUAGACGAAUUCCUGGGCCGUGCCAUUGAUGCCCGCAGCAUCGAUCAGCUGCGCAAGGACCAUGUGCGCCGGUUCCUGCUCACCUUCCAGAGAGAGGACCUUGAAAAGAAGUACUCGCGGAAGGUGGACCCCCGCUUCGGAGCCUAUGUGGCCUGUGCCCUGUUGGUGUUCUGCUUCAUCUGCUUCAUCCAGCUCCUCAUCUUCCCACAUUCAACCCUGAUGCUUGGGAUCUAUGCCAGUAUCUUCUUGCUGUUGCUGAUCACUGUGCUGACCUGUGCCGUGUACUCCUGUGGCUCUCUCUUCCCUAAGGCGCUGCAACGUCUGUCACGCAGCAUUGUCCGCUCGCGGGCACACAGCACCGUGGUUGGCAUCUUUUCAGUCCUGCUUGUGUUCACCUCCGCCAUCGCCAACAUGUUCACCUGUAACCACACCCCAAUACGGACCUGCGCAGCCCGGAUGCUGAAUUUAACACCUGCCGACAUCACUGCCUGCCACCUGCAGCAACUCAAUUACUCUCUGGGCCUGGAUGCUCCCCUCUGUGAGGGCACCGCACCUACCUGCAGCUUCCCUGAGUACUUGGUCGGGAACAUGCUGCUGAGUCUCUUGGCCAGCUCUGUCUUCCUGCACAUCAGUAGCAUCGGGAAGUUGGCCAUGAUCUUUGUCCUGGGGCUCAUCUACUUGGUGCUGCUUCUGCUGGGUCCCCCAGCCACCAUCUUUGACAACUAUGACCUGCUGCUUGGCGUCCAUGGCUUGGCUUCUUCCAAUGAGACCUUCGAUGGGCUGGACUGCCCAGCUGCAGGGAGGGUGGCACUCAAAUACAUGACUCCCGUGAUUCUGCUGGUGUUCGCGCUGGCGCUCUAUCUGCAUGCCCAGCAGGUGGAAUCAACUGCCCGCCUGGACUUCCUCUGGAAACUGCAGGCAACAGGGGAGAAGGAGGAGAUGGAGGAGCUCCAGGCAUACAACCGGCGGCUGCUGCAUAACAUUCUGCCCAAGGACGUGGCUGCCCACUUCCUGGCCCGGGAGCGCCGGAACGAUGAACUCUACUAUCAGUCUUGUGAGUGUGUGGCUGUCAUGUUCGCCUCCAUUGCCAACUUCUCUGAGUUCUACGUGGAGCUGGAGGCAAACAAUGAGGGCGUCGAGUGCUUGCGGCUGCUCAAUGAGAUCAUUGCUGACUUUGAUGAGAUCAUCAGUGAGGAGCGGUUCCGGCAGCUGGAGAAGAUCAAGACGAUUGGUAGCACCUACAUGGCUGCCUCCGGGCUGAACGCCAGCACCUAUGAUCAGGUGGGCCGCUCCCACAUCACUGCCCUCGCCGACUAUGCCAUGCGGCUCAUGGAGCAGAUGAAGCACAUCAAUGAGCACUCCUUCAACAAUUUCCAGAUGAAGAUUGGGCUGAACAUGGGCCCAGUUGUGGCAGGCGUCAUUGGGGCUCGGAAGCCGCAGUAUGACAUCUGGGGGAACACAGUGAAUGUCUCUAGCCGUAUGGACAGCACGGGGGUCCCUGACCGAAUUCAGGUGACCACGGACCUGUACCAGGUUCUAGCUGCCAAGGGCUACCAGCUGGAGUGUCGAGGGGUGGUCAAGGUGAAGGGCAAGGGGGAGAUGACCACCUACUUCCUCAAUGGGGGCCCCAGCAGUUAGCAGGACCCAGCUACCAAUUCAGCUGAAGGGACCAAGGUGGGCAUGUGAGUGGACUCUGUGCUCGCUGGGUGGAGCUGUGGCAGGGAGCACUGAGCCUCCAGACCCUGCUGACCACAAAAGGGAACACCCCAGCAGGCCAUGCUGGGACCAUGCUUGUCUGCCCUCAGGUUGGUGAAUGAGGGGAUACCAAGAGGAUUGUGCAAGUGACUUUCUUUUUUAAUUGGGGUAGGGCUGUUCCUUCUCCUUUCUUCCGGCUUCUGGGAGCAGGGGAGGGGGCAGCAGCAGAGGCAGUGGAAGCCCUCCUGCCUGACAGAUUAAAAUGGCAGCUCGCCAUACCUACCCUUUCCCUGUCUGUCUGGGCAACAGGCUCAGGGCUGGGCCCUUCCUUUCCCUCUUUUUCCUGGGAAUAUUUUGUACAAAGACUGGGGCAGGCAUGAGUGCCUAUUCCCUGCUUGCCUUUGCUCUGCCUGCAUCCCAGCACUGGUCCUGGAUACGCCCACCCCAGCCAGAUCUCCCUCCUAGGCACAGGGCAAAGGAGGGAGAUGCUCUGGGGACACAGUUCUAUCCAUAUUUCAGGGGAAUAUUUCCUUUUGCCAAAUCCUAGUCCCAUGAUCUGUCCCCAAAGGGGAACAAAGGGACUUCUGACAGCUCAGAUUUGACCCCAGUUCCUGCAAAGCUCUAAGGAAAGGAGUGUCUGGCCUCAUUGGUACUGUGAAAAUGCCCAGCCAGAGAGCAAGCACGUGUGUGGGGAUGUCAGAAGAUCAGGAGCUGGAAGUUCACCUGCAGGUGCCAAAGAGAGCAGGCUGACCAGGGAGUGGGUUGGUGCCAGACUCUGAUCUGAGGGCCCCGACAGGGUCAGGAUCAGGUCACUCUGCCCCAGUGCUCUCUUGCCAUCUACUGGCAAGGGGGUGUGGAGCAUCUCUGCCCCUUCUGUUGCCAAAUAGAAAAGGGCCAGGGCAUGGAGAAAGAUGACCCUGAUCCCAAGCCUGUCCUCCCAAGCCUCUGGCACUGGGAGGGCCUCUGUGUUUGUGUAACGUGCGUGCAUGUCUGUCUUUGUGUGCAGAUCUGUUUCCCAGGUCUGUGUGUGUCCUUGGCUCCUGCUCCUCAGCUCUCUACCCCAGGUUGCCUAUCUCCUGUGAGCCUCUGUCUUCUGAGAAUAAGGCAGGGUUUCUAAUUUCAAGGGAUGGAGAGAUAUGCCCAGGUUGCCCAAAAGUGGGAUGGGGUGUGGUAGCAAGUGGGUGGCCCUGGGGAGAGGAAUCCUUUUUGUGCCAAAUCCCUAAGUGCCAUUUGGGGGCCACGUAUGCAGCAUGAUUGUCUCCCUGCCUGGGGCAGGGACCAAGCCUGAACUGUCUGGGGUUUGGCGGGCAGAGGCUCAGGAAUUCCCUUGGUUCCCCAGCUGGUGUCCUGGGAUGUGUUAUGCUUUGGGACUGGGGUAGUGUGGGGUCCCUCUGAGGACUCAGAUACUGGUACUAGGGAUGGGAUGGGGAACCUGAGACUCAGCCUGAGUCUAGUAUGUUCCUGCUUCCCCAAUCUCCGUGAAGCCUCCAAGGGCUGGCAGGAGGGCGAGGAGGUUGGACACCAGAUUCCCACCAGGGUCCCUUUCCCUGCAGCCUCCUUGCCUCUGGCCUGAAUUAGUUGGUGCCUUGGUUUCUCUGUCUUGUACCUAUUUAAGCCAGAGGCAUUAGCCUGAAUUUUGCUUGAAGCUUGCCUUCUCUUGGAGGCAAUUAGAGAGGCAGAGUAAAGAGGGUCCCAGAGUUGCUGCGUUUGAGGAGUGGAGGGGGCAGGUGGCACUCUUGCCCUUCCUCAUGCCCUUUCUGACUCUAGCUCUUUGCAGAAGCCUGGUGUCUGGCUCAAACUGCCUGCCUUGGGGGAUCUUCACACAUCAACCAAAUGAUCCAUCAGGCACUUCAUUAGCCAAGGCAGCAGGAGGGGAAAAGACCAUUUGGUCCAGACAGAAAAUCAACUCCCUUCUCCCAGCCAUAUCCCUGGGUAGGAAGGGACUGCUUGGAGCCCUGGGGUGGGGGUGAGGGUGUAAGGAGACCAGAGUGGGAAGACUUCAGCCUUGGGUGACUUAUCUCUGCUUCUUGCCAGGUGGGAGGGGCCUGUCCACACCCUGGCUUCCCACACCACAGUGCCAGCCAUGCCCUUAGCUGGGCUACCAUUGCCCCCUUCCUCACCGUUGGUGGGGGAGUCAGUGGGUGGGAGGCCCAUGGACUU